CCGAUUAUCCUGUUCCGGGUCACGGGAAGCCGGAGCCUGUCCCAGCUGACUACACCCUGGGAUGGACAGUCAGCCGCAGGACACUUAGAGACAGACAAACAUGGAAGUCAGGAGAGUCAAUAUCAUCAGUGACCUACUCAAUUUACACAAUGAUUAUACGUGGUAAUUAUUGUGUGUCCGGACAUAAAUAAAGCACGUGACGUCGCAGAAGCAGUCGCUAAAGGAGGACGUGACGUAGUCCAUACGCAUGCGCGGGACCGAUUGCGUUCCGGGGACGUAUUGCGCAGUGACACACGGACCGGUCCUUUACUCUUCUACCAGAAACAAGUAUGGACUGAAAAAGAGGACCACAGUGGAGGUUCAACGGUUUCCGGUGUCCGGAAAUAAAUAAAGCCAAUGAGGACGGUAGCGGUCCUCGGCGGGGGCAUCGGGGGAUUGGCAGCGUCCUACUACCUUUGCAAGAGCCCCCAGGUGACCAAGGUCAUCUUGCUGGAGGCCGGCAGUCGUGUCGGAGGAUGGCUGUGGUCCACAAGAAGGUCUGAUGGUGCCGUGUUUGAACACGGGCCCAGAGGUAUCCGACCUGCUGGAGCCGUGGGUCGCAACACUCUUAACAUGGUGGAAGACCUGGGUCUCGCAGGGGAGAUUCUGCCUGUCACCUACAGCCACGAUGCUUCCAAGAACAGAUACUUGUAUGUCAACAAGCAGCUGCACAGGAUGCCUUCAGGGAUAAGCGGACUCAUACGGACGAUCCCGCCCUUCUCACGCCCGCUACUCUUCAGCAUCGCCACGGAGAUGUUUGCCAAGAAAAGCCAGCGGGAGGACGAGUCCAUCCAUUCCUUUGUGUCUCGCAGGCUUGGAAGAGAGCUGGCAGACAUAGCUGUGGACAGUCUGUGUCGGGGCGUGUUUGCUGGCGACUGCAGGAAGCUCAGUGUGCGCUCUUGUUUUCCCACCCUCUAUGAGGCGGAGCAGCGCAGGGGUUCCCUGACACUCGGCAUGCUGCUGGGCUCAGGAACUUCAAAGGCGGUCCCUCCUGGUCCCCUUAGCCGGAGGUCAGAGAAGGAGUCGUGGGCCCAGUGGUCGCUCAGACGGGGGCUGGAGUCGCUCCCGGAAUCCAUCAGUGACUUCCUGCAGCAGAGCAGGAGGGUCCUGCUGCACAGAGACACACCUGUCAGUCAUAUCAGCCCUUCAGCCAGGGGUUGGACCAUCCAUGUAAAGGACGGGAGCAUAUCAGCUGACCAUGUAAUAUCUGCUCUGCCUGCUAAAGCGCUGGCGGCCGCGCUGCCGUCCUCCUGUCAGCCUCUGGUGCAGCCGCUGCAGGACAUCUCCUGCGUGACUGUGGCUGUGGUCAACCUGGAGUAUGAAGGCUCGGUGCUUCCUGUCCAGGGAUUUGGACACCUGGUUCCAUCAUGUGAGGAUCCUGGUUUACUGGGAGUGGUGUAUGACUCUGUACCUUUCCCGCAACACAACACACCUGAUGGGCCAACAACCAGGCUGACGGUCAUGAUGGGCGGGGCCUGGUUCCAGGAAGCGUUUGGGACGCCGGCGUCGGUAACAAAGGAGCAACUUUUGGAAAGAGCCACGGAGGCGAUGCGCUGUCACCUGGGAGUCAUGGCAGCACCCAGGUGGAGUUGGGUGUCUCUGCAGAAGGUACCAAAGAACUUUGUCUUCAUGCUGUUGGCCAAUCAGCGUCCAUCAGCCAUCAGUCUUAUCCAUAAACGUGCCGUACAAGUACAAGUACAAGUACAAGUACGCCUUACUGUUGUUGUCUGCCAUCAGGACUGCAUACCGCAGUACACUGAGGGACACUUUGGCAGAGUAGACUUCAUGCGACGCUUCGUAAAAAAGAACAGCCUUUCGCUUUCUCUGAUUGGCUCCUCCUACGACGGCGUUUCGGUGAACGACGUCAUCUUCAGCGCCAGGACGGCCGUCGAAGAGCUGCUGGGAAGCGGACUUUAACGGAGCUCCGGGAGCCUUCUUUGUCCAAGAGCGGUGCUUCAGGUUGAUCGUUCCUUCAAAAUAAAGCUCUUUUCUGUGGGACUUGUGCAGUGGCGGUAAUGCAGUUCAAAUGGAGUACUUCCAUGAGUACACAGGAAGUAAAUACAGGGCCAGCAUUGAUGAAACCCAUACUUUUGGCUUACAUUUUGUCAAGAUCAUUUUGAGACUUUUGCCUUUUAAUUUGUUGAUCGCGAUGAUGAUCUGAAUAAAACACACAACAAAGGUUUUGGAAGUGCAUGUUUUAUCAACAAAAUGAUUCUUUUUAAGAAUGUAUUCAUCCAUCCAUUUCUAUGCCACUUCUUCUUACUGAGGUGGCGGACGUAUGCUGGAGCCUAUCCCAGCUGACUUUGGGCGAGAGGCGAAGUACACCCUUGGUCUACAGCCAAUCAGGACGCAGAACACAAUGGGCGGGUUCUCCCUUAGCCAAUAAGAACUGUUGUGGCUCUAUGGUUAACCGGCUAUUGUCUACUGUGGGUUCCUAAUAUGCUGGUGCAGGCACGUAAACGCAUACCGCCACCAGUUUGAACUCUCACGAGUAUACAACACCCUCUACUGGUAGCAGUAGUAAAUACAAUAAGACAAACAUACAACAGAGCUCCCAUAGAUCACUCUAAUACACCACAAGGAACCACGGCAAUGCCCGUUCAUGCUGUUAAAAAAAAUAUGAAUUGUACUUUAAAAAACUGCGAUGAAGCGAGGAACACUGUAAGGCUUAGGUUCCCAAAGUAGGCUACGCCAAUUGUAAUGGGAGUACGUGAAUAAAAAUUAAAAACAAUUAGCGCUUAACGCUCUCAACUACUGGUGCGCCUGAACGCCUCACAAUGGAAACGAGCAGAAAGCAGGAAGGAGACAGAACACGAUUAUGCUCGUUUCUCCGUGUGCAUCAUAUCAACAAAUAAGUUGUGGGUGGUCAGCUGGUGUAUACUUACUCUCUGGAUUACACUCCACCACCACAAGGCUACGUAGUGCGUGUGCUUCCUUUUCAACUGCCCAUUCACUGCCAAUACAACAGGUUUCAUUACUCUUACAAGGUUGGC